AUGCUCCGGGUGCUGGCAGUGGCCAGUGUGGCCCUGGGGCCCCAGGCGGCAGGUUGGGUGCGGACCAUGGCCUCCCACCAGCUGCUGGUGGGCCCGCCAGAGGCCCUGCGCAAGCCCCUGUCCAUCCCCAGCCGGCUCCUGCUUGGGCCCGGCCCCGCUAACUUGGCUCCGCGCGUCCGGGCAGCCGGGGGGCUGCAGGUGAUCGGGCACAUGCACAAGGAGAUGCACCAGAUAAUGGACGAGAUCAAGCAAGGCAUCCAGUACGUGUUCCAGACCAGGAACCCCCUCACGCUGGCCAUCAGCGGCUCUGGGCAUUGCGCCCUGGAGGCCGCCUUGUUCAAUCUCCUGGAGCCGGGGGACUCCUUCCUGGUCGGGGUCAACGGCAUCUGGGGGCAGCGGGCCGCGGACAUCGGGGAGCGCAUCGGAGCCCGCGUGCACCUGAUGAUCAAGGAGCUGGGAGGCCACCACACGCUGCAGGAGGUGGAAGAGGGCCUGGUCCAGCACAAGCCAGUGUUGCUGUUCCUGACCCAGGGGGAGUCAUCCAGCGGUGUGCUGCAGCCCCUCGAUGGCUAUGGGAGGCUCUGCCACAGGUACAAGUGCCUGCUCCUGGUGGACUCGGUGGCCUCUCUGGGCGCGGUCCCCAUCUACAUGGAUCAGCAAGGCAUCGAUGUCUUGUACUCGGGCUCCCAGAAGGUCCUGAACGCCCCUCCGGGCACCUCGCUCCUCUCCUUCAGUGACAAGGCCAAAAACAAGAUCUACACCCGGAAGACGAAGCCCGUCUCCUUCUACCUGGACAUCAAGUGGCUGGCCAACUUCUGGGGCUGCGAUGACAAGCCCAGGAUAUACCAUCACACCACCCCCAUCACCGGCUUGUACACCCUGCGGGAGAGCCUGGCCCUCAUAGUGGAACAGGGCCUGGAGGACAGCUGGCGGCAGCACCGGGAGACCAUGGCAUACCUGCAUGGGCGCCUGCAGGAGCUGGGCCUGCGGCUCUUCGUGAAGGAUCCCGCGCUCCGGCUGCCCACUAUCACCACCGUGGCCGUGCCCGCUGGCUACGACUGGAGAGACAUCACCAACUACGUCAUGGACCACUUUGACAUCGAGAUCGCAGGCGGCCUUGGGCCCUCAGCGGGAAAGGUGCUGCGGAUCGGCCUGAUGGGCUGCAACGCCACCCGGGAGAACGUGGACCGCGUGACUGGGGCCCUGCGGGAGGCCCUGCAGCGCUGCCCCCGGCACAAGCUGUGA